CUCAGUGAGGCAUGCUAAUGAUAAUAGUGAAACAUGACAGCUGAGAAAAGCAGACCAAAUCUCUAAACUCGAAGACUUCCUCAGCUUCCUCGUCACCCAGAUACCAAGAACAAUGCCGAUCCACACGGUGAAAUGUGCUUCUGAUCUGGACGCGAGUGCCCCUCACCACUUCCAGCGGAUCUCCAUAUCAGACCUCAAACUCACGUCUGACUGUGUGCACAGGAGUGUUAAGGGUGAAGUGGUUCAGAAGGGCCCUGUAGUGUCUAGUAGACAGACAGAGCCCAUGCUAAAGGCUGUUAUCCAAGAUAAAGACACACAGACCUCAGACACAUCACAACACACGUCAAUCAAUGUCAUCUUUUUCGGUACGCUUGCGAAGGACUUUUCACAGACUGUCAGUCAAGGGGACAUUGUCUUAUUGUCUGGCUUCACAAUCAGCAAGUCCCCCACUGAACAGACUGACAGGCUGCAUCCAUGUCUGUUGGAGAUGAGGAGCACCGAUGCCUGUGUGUAUGUGUACUCAUCUUUCGUCUCCUCUGGGCCUGCUGUCGUCAGCUCAGAGUCUAGGUACACGUAUGUCCCUUUAAGUGAACUGAAACCCAGCAGAAUAGUGAACGUUUAUGGUGUGGUGACCUUCUUCAAACAGCCUUUUCCCACCAAAGGCACAGAUUACUGCUCCACACUGAAGAUCACAGACCAGUCCGAUGCUAAAGUGAGCUGCACCAUUUUCAGUGAAAGGCUCGAUGACCAUCCUAAAAUAUUCCGAAUCGGGGACAUCAUUCGUCUGCACCGAGUGAAGGCUCAAAUGUUCAACGGAUCCAUGACCCUACUGACCACUUUAGGCUGGUCUACUGUCACGUUUGAUGGGAUGAUUGACAGCCCUAUCGAGCCCCGGACAUCGAGUAGGACUUUCCACUUUGGUGAAGCCGAUAAACGUGCGGUGGAGGCACUGCGUCACUGGGCAGCGAGCCAGCUUCUGGCCACUGAGGCCACUGUUCCUCUGUCUUCAGUGCAGCCCAAGAUGUUUUUUGAUCUGACCUGCCAGCUGCUAGCCAAAGCCAGCAUGGACACCAGAUGCAUGCUGCUCAAGGUCUGGGAUGGGACAAAAUGUGCGCACCCUUUGCUCAACUUGGCCGUGGCACCAGAUGCUUUAGAGGGAGAGACCAGACCCUCUCCAGACCGAGAGAACAUGAUCGCUAACGUUCUGGUCUAUGACAACCAUGUGGAGGGAGCCAGUAAGUUGAAGCCUGGCAUGUUUCUGCGCCUGUUCAAUCUUCAUGCAGUGACUCAAAGAGCUUCUGAGCAAUCUGCUGACUGCGCCAGUGCCCUCAGCUUCCACCUGCAUGGAGGUACUUCAUACGGUAAAGGUCUGUGUGUGAUUCCCUCAGAGAGCCCCGAACUCCAGCCACUCAAGAGAUUGUUGGAGAAUCAUGCAGCAAGAGCUGGUGAAGAUACAGUGAAUGAUGUCACUCUUUUAGAAGCUUGGUAUACUCCUCCAGAGGCUCCUGGUGAAGCGGUCAAUGAAGAUUUUUAUACAGUUCGGACGUGUGAGCACGCAAAGGAGCAGGUAACCCUUGCCCGUGCGAAGAGAUCGACCACACCCAUGGUUUGUCACGUUCGCGCCAAGGUGAAAUCGUACCAACCGCAGAACCUGUACCAGUGCCUCAAACUCUUCUGCCCACAAUGUAAAGCACUAGUGGAGGUCCCCAAUGAUGAGGUUAUAGCUCGAGUAUUCCAGGAUGCAUUGAGAAGCCAUCAGCCAUGUAGUGAGCACUGGGCAGUCACCUCUUCAGUGGACUCCAUUAGCAUGCACGUGUCUUGUGAGAUGGUCCAGAGCAACACACACACACAGCUGCUGUUUCUCCAGGGCGUUACACUGGAGGAGAUGUGUGUGAUAUCAGCUGCUCAUAGCAACGUGGUCCCUGUGCGCUCGGAUGAUGGGAGAAUGAGACUGCUGGAUUUCUCAGCCCCAUUCCUCUUCAGGAAAGACAAAAGAUAUUAUGGGUGUAAACAUUGUAGUCGGUCCACAUUUGUGGAGCCUGAGGUUUCUGGAAUAGAAAUGUGGGAUGAGCAUAACGUAGCCAAAGCUCUUGGCCUGCAGCUGAUGCAGUAUGCAUUGCUGAUGAAAUUUGAGCUAGAAGAUAAGACAGACACACUUGAAGCGUUAAUUUGGGAGGAUGCUGAGAGAUUCUUCCACGUCACUGCUGCUGACGCAUCAGCGUGUCAGGAUUCACAGGAUAAAGUUCAGACCACUAUGGAUAGGCUUCAUCCACCAGGGAGCAGCAUGGCACAGCGCCCAUGGCUAGACCUCUGCCUUUGUGCCUACACUGUAGAGGAGAAUGGCAGAACUCAAGUGUGCUACCAGAUCACUAACACAGAAGCAAGAGGCAGUUUCUACACUCCACAGUGAGGCCACCUUUCCUGUGGAUGAAGAAUGCUGUUAAGAAACUACAGUAAUGCACCUUUGCAUUGACAAACCAUGAGUGAGAUUAACAGCAAUGUGUAUAAUGUACAAUAUCUUUUCCAUUAAUAAAGUGAUUUAUCAUUUUCA